AUGAUGCUCAACAAAGAACCAUUGGUUGGUGAUAGUUUGAAAGGAUUGGAAGUUAUUGAUGAAUUGCAAAGGUUGGGAAUCUCUUAUCACUUUCAAAUGGAAAUAAAUCAAAUGUUAGAGAUUAUCAAUGAAAGAUUCAACAAUGGAGAAGAAGGUUUAGAAUGGAAUAACAACAGAAGUUUAUAUGCCACAUCUCUUCAUUUUAGAAUUUUAAGGCAACAUGGCUAUCACAUCCCUCAAGACGUGUUCAAGGAGUUUAAGAAUGAGAUAGAAAAUUUGGAUUGUAUUUGUGAAGAGAAAGCUAAAGGAAUGUUAACAUUUUACGAAGCUUCCUUCUUAGCAAUGAAAGGCGAAAGCUUUGUGGAUGAAGCCAGACAAUUUGCCAUCCAACGUCUUUCAAAAUAUCUUAAAUCUAAUAAUAAUGAUCAAAUAAUUUGUACUAUGAUAAGCCAUGCUCUUCAACUCCCAUUUCAUUGGAGAAUGCCAAGAUUGGAGGCUAGGUGGUUCAUCGAUAACGUGUAUCGAACAAAGCCCGACUCAAAUCCGGUGUUAUUGGAUUUAGCCAAAUUAGACUUCAACAUUGUCCAAUCUAUUCAUCAAAAUGAUCUAAAAGAUGUCUCCAGGUACUUAUUUAAUAAGGAUCUAUUUGAAAUGAUUGUUUAA